AAAUGUGAAAUUAUCGAUGUUCAGCACUCUUUACAGCACUGUGUCGGCAUUUGUUAACAGCUGAUUUGUGAUUCUUGCAGUUGCUGAGGAUUUCUAAUUUAUUUAUUAUUAAUGAAAAUAUGGCAUUAUCGCGCGCCAAGCCGGAGCAACUGCCAAAGGAUGCAGUCAUCAUAACAGAGGAUCAGGCGCUGCGUUACCAGUGGAAGAUAAUUACGUCCUGGGACAAGAUUGGAGACGUUUGGUCGCUGCGCUAUGCGCCCGGCAUACUCAGCGUCAUGGCGGCUGCCACGGGUGCCUACAUCAAUAACCAUUAUCGCACUUGCUUACGGCUUGGGGCAAAUGGACGUUUGUCAAGUUAUUUGCCAAUUGUUGCUGUGCCUGCGAUAUUUACUAUGUUGAGUCACAAGUUCUUCAUACAGCGACCAAUACUUCUGGAUCCCCUGGGCGAGUGUCCUGUUUGCAAGCAGGUGCGCAGCGCCGCCUUCCAAUCGGCUUUGGGAGUGGUUUAUCCCACUAUUUUGGCACCAUUUGCUGCAUUUAUGUUUGCCACCAGAUGCUACACUUACCGGCUGCCAUCAAUAACGGAGAAUCCUCGGGAUGUUUUUAUGCUAUAUCGGAAGCUCACGCGUCCCAUUAUUCCCGCUCUGAGCACCAUAAUUGCCAUACAGGCGUUUGUGACGAUGUAUUUGACGGGUCAGGAGGAAAAGCAGAACUUUAAUUUGAUGCUUCGCAUGAAGGAAAUCGAGCACAGACUCGAACAGCAAGAUAUACCACAACGAAUCGAUUUUUAAGACAAAACAUGUAUAAAAGCAAUAAAUGUAUAUGGGUUGUUAUCUGCGUAAAUA